AUGGGCGAUUGUGAGUCUAUGAAGACCCAUUCAGCCUUCUCACAGACUGAUCCCUCAUAUUCCCAGGGCGGCGAAGAGAGAGCGAUGGAUCUGAGACUACCAAAGUGGAUGAUGAUGCAGAUUCGAUCUACACCCACGGGGUGGGUUUCCGAACGAUGCGUCAUCUGGAAUACCAGGCUGACUCUUUUCCUCAGGUAGCUGUCCUCGAACCUUCACCGCUACCAAUGCCCGGUACACCGGAGACUACACCUUCCACGCCAAAGACACUACCACGGCAUGCCGUCCAAAGAGGGAUAUUUGAUACGCCUGACCAGGCGGAUCACUCGCAUCCCGACGUAGCUGUGCCGUCCGCGGAAAAUUCUCAUACUACGCCUCCCGUCCAGACUUCAUCCCAAUUCCUUCGAUUCAACCCUUCGCCCACUUCCACAGCCGUCUUGUCCCGCUUGGCGAAGAUACACGAUCAUCCCGUCUCACCGUCGUCUACAGGACACAGUUGGGAUCCCAGUCCUAUUGACGGACCUGUCGAGGGGCACACAGCUGGAAGAUGGCCACUAGGCAACAAGGCUGUGAAUGGAGAAGCUGCAGCGGCAACGGCCCCCAAAACCGGUUGACAUGGAAAAGCACUAAGAACCAGCCUGGGAACCGACU